AUGAUUUCUCACUUUUUCCGCUUUCCCUCUCUUUCUCUAUUCCUCUCACCAUUUGCUCUUUUGUUCUCUCUCUUUCUCUCUGCUCUUUGCCUCUCUCUCCUCUUUCACUCUCUCUUUCUCUCUCUUUGCUCCUUCCCCCCUCUCUCUCUCUCUCUUUGCUCUUUUCCUCUAUCUCUCUAUUUGCCCUUUUUCUCUCGCUCUCUUUACUUUUUCCUCUCUCUUUACUCUUUUCUUCUCUCUCUCUUUCUCUUUACUCUUUUCUUCUCUCUCUCUUUCUCUUUUCUUCUCUCUCUCUUUCUCUUUACUCUUUUCUUCUCUCUCUCUUUCUCUUUGCUCUUUUCCUAUCUCUCUUUGCUCUUUCUCCCUUUUCUCUUUUCCUCUCUGUUUCUUUCCUCUUUAUCUUUCCCUUUCAUCUUCCCUCUCGCUUUUUUCAAUUUCUCCCUCCCUCUUUUUACAUUCCCCCCUCAGCUUUCGUUUUCCCUCUCCCUCUUUUUCCUCUUUGCCUUUCGCUCUUCUUCUUCUUUUGCUCUCUCACUUUCCUCUUUUCCUCUCUCUCUCGCUUUCCUCUAUUACUUUUCGUCUCUCACUCUUUGCUCUUUUCUUCUCUCUCUUUACUCUAUGCCUCCCUCUUUUUGCUCUUUUCCCCUCUCUCUCUCUCUCUCUCUCUCUCUGUUCUUUCUCCCUUUCCUAUUUCUCUCUCUCUCUCUCUUUCCUCGUUCUCUUUACCAUUCCCUCUCACUCUUUUCCUUUUCCCUUCCACUCUUCUAUCUCUAUCCCUCUCAGUGUUAUUCAUCUUUUCUUCUCACUCUUCUUUCUCCUUUUUCCUUUCUUCCUCUCUCUAUCUCUUUCUAUCCUCUUUUACUCUCUCUCUCUUCUUUUCCGCUCUUUCCUUUUUCUUCUCUCUCUUUCUUCUUUUUCUCUCUUUCCUCUCUCUCUCCUCUUUUCCUCUUUCUUUUUCUGUUUCUCACUUUCCUUUUUCCCUUUCCCCCUCUUACUUUUCCUCAUUCUCUUUCUUCCUCUCACUUUUCCUCAUUCCCUUUCUCCCUCUCACUUUUCCUCAUUCCCUCACGCUCACUUUUCCUCAUUCCCUCGCGCCUACUUUUCCCCAUUCCCUCACACUCCCUCCUCCUCAUUCCCUCACUCUCUCUCUCACACUUUUCCUCUUUCCCUCUCUCUUUCACACUUUUCCUCUUUCCCUCUCUCUUUCACACUUUUCCUCUUCCCCCCUCUCUCUCUCACUUUUCCUCUUUCCCUCUCUCUCUCACUUUUCCUCUUUCUCUCUCUCUCUCUCACUUUUCCUCUUUCUCUCUCUCUCUCUCACUUUUCCUCUUUCUCUCUCUCUCUCUCACUUUUCCUCUUUCCUUCUCUUCCUGCUUCUCUCUUUUUUCAUCUCUUUCUUUUCUCUCUUCUCCUCUGUUUCAACUUCUUUCAUUUUCUUUUUCCUCUUUCUUUAUUCUUUCUCUUAAUCCCUUUCUCUUUCUUUACUUUGGCUGUGAGAACAAUCCAUAG